UGUUGUGAGUGCCACCCCAGGCCCCUGAAUGUGGGGUCCCUGGUCACCCCAGUGAAGGCGUCCGCCGGUGUUUGGCGUUCCUCAUAAAUUCUCCCCCACCUAAAAAAUAAAAAUAAUAAAAAAUAUAAAACAUUACCCGCGAGUGCCCAACAAAAUCAUCAAAAAGUCAUGAGAGAAUACCCCAAUCUCUCCCCUCACUUUCCUCCACUCUCCCUCCCAAAUACCCCCUCUGAAUAAAUUACAUGUGUGUAUGUGAAUAAUUACGUGUGUGUGAACCAAAGAGGCGGCAGGAAAAAUGGCGUCCGAUAACGAAGCCUCCUGCGUUAGUGACCCAAAUUUUGCUGUAAUCUGCUCGUUUCUCGAGUUUUUUGGUAAAUCCUGUGGCAUCAGUUAUCCCGACAUUGCCAAAUUACAGUCCAUGCUCGAGGAUAAUCACGAUGUGCCCCAACCACUGAUAGAUCUACACAUCAAACUUUUACGGAAAACUCGAAAGAGUGUAUCAGCUGAAAAAUGGGAGAAAGCGCUUGUUAAAUUUUGUCAUACGUAUUCGAAUCAGGAUGGCUGGGAAGUGGAGAGAUUCGGAUAUAAAAAAGUCCGUACUGCUGUUAAAGUUCGAUUACUGAAGGUGCUUUUGGAGUCACAAUUUGACUUAAAUCAAAGAUUCAAAAAUGAAAUAAAUAAAUUAUCUGCCAAUGAACUGCGACUGGAGCCACUUGGACGUGAUAAGACUGGUCAAUCCUAUUGGUUCCAGCUGGACGAUGGCUGCAAUAUGAGAGUUUACAGAGAGGAUCUGGAUGAGGAGAGUUGGGAGUUAGUUGCCAAGGAUCGUAAGGGUUUGAUGAACCUCAUUUCGACGCUAGCGGACGGUGAAGCAGCUCCAGUUCCCAUAAAUGAGGACAGCAACAGCCUUGAGAUCUCAGAGAAGCCGAUCACCGACACAGGCCAGGUGACCUCCCCAUCUCUAGACUCCCCAGAGAACGAUUCCACAUCCCCAGCCCUCCAGCCACCGCCCGAAAAUCUCCAAGAGUCAGAGGAGUCCUCAGAGGCAUCAGAGCUGACCCGAGACUCCUCGAAUCUCAGCCAAGAGGACUCCCAGGACUCAGACGUCCCUCCCCCUCCUAAAAAGCCACCUCUGUCUCCUAAUCCCAUUCAAAAACCGUCAAUUCCAUCUCCAAAGGCCCCAGAGGUCAAAACAAUCCUGAAAUCCAUUGAAACCCCAGUGAUAACGACAUCUCCCCCAAAACCUCAUCAUCCCCAAGAGCAGAAACCCCUGCUGAAUGAUAGGCUAGAGCCAUUGCACCCCAGAAAGCUCCACCAGGAGCUGCAAAAGCCCCCGAAGGUCCCCUGCACUCUCUCUCGUCUGCAAUUAGAAAAACCAGGGGCUUCGAAGCUCGAAAAAAUCGCUGAGAACCUGGCAAGAACCUCAGGCAUAUCAAUGACCAAUGGAGACGAGCCCCAGGACUUCAGGGCGAGGGGAAUGGACCUGUCAACGUCGCCGAGAGGAUGGGAGUCCUCGAAUGAUCGUCCAGUUGACUUCUCAGGCAUGGAUUUGAGUAAAUCAUCCUUUAGAAAUGACUUUCAAGCCCGAGAGAUCGAUCUAUCCACCAGAAAAUCCAAGGAGAGCUACGACAGGCCCAUCCUCAGGGCCACGAUGAUGGAUUUGAGCAAGAGACCGGUGUUCACUGGUUACGAGAGUUAUCACAAUCCUGGUAGGCCCAAGGAAGAGCACAGGCUUCCUAAUUAUUCAAUUCUACCUGAUCCCAGUAAAUUGUCAUCGAUGAGGAUGAAGAGGGGUCACGAUGAGGAGCAGAGGGCAUCAGAUCCCCAGGAGAUGGUGAAACGAUUGAGGGGUGAUUUGAUACCCAGAAAGGGGAGGAGAGAAGAGGUUGGGGCUGCCAUUGAGGAACCCUUGAUGAUGGUUCAGGGUGAGGGCUCUGGGAGUGAGUGCGAAGCUGGAAGACCUCCACAGGAUGACGAGGUCGGAGAGGCCAUCGAGGAGACUUUUUUCUUCCAGGGGGAAGGAAAUGGUGUUGAUUGUGACACUGGAAACCCCGGUGAUGAAACCUCUAGUGACAAUAAAGAGAGCAAUGAAUCAAAAGACAAUUGCGGUGAUGUUAAGAAGCACGAGGAAGUGGGAAUUAAAUCACUGGUGAAUGACUGUGACGAGGGCAAUUGCCAGGGGUCGUCAGCAUCAUCCAAGGUCAAAUUCAAGCCAACCUUGGGGGUUCAGGUAUUCACUAAAUCCCCUGGCAGCACCUCCAAGAGACUCUCCAGGUGGGACGUCAGGGAGACUGAGGAGAAACGAGAGUGUGACAGCAGCAUCGUCGAGGAUAACAUAUCAGUUUUCUCUGGAAAUGAUCUCAAUAGCACAUCCAUCAGGGAGGGCGACAUAUCCAGCACGACUAAUCAGAAUUCUAUUUCUUCGUCGAGGAUUUCUGAACCUACAACUGGAGAGGCAAGUGUUGCUGAUGAUGAUGAUGCCCCUAGGUUUUUUUUUGGGCCGAAUUGUGUGUCGUAUACUUCAGAGGCGGCGACUAAAUGUCCAGGGGAUGAUGUCACUGGAAUUGUAUCUAGGUCAGAGGUGAGAGGGUGUGAUCCUGAGGGUGAAGAAAGUGGGGGAACAUCGGCUUCUCCAGAGAGCUCAGAAAUUAAAGAGUUAAUCGUCAGUUCAGAGAAUCCUGAGCCCUCGAUAUCAGAUAAUCCAGAGUCCUCACUUGUUAUUAAAUCUAGUGACGACUUGGUGACGAAUUCCUCAGGGUCUAGAGUUGAAUCCACCGAUCCCGAGUCCUCUGAAGUUGUUUCCACAGUUUAUGAUGAUGAUAAAUCCACUGGGACAGCAGAAGAGCCUCAGACGACGUCCACGACGACUGGAGAUUUUAUCACUCCAGAGGACAAGGAUGAUGAGGUGGACUCUACUGAAGCGGAAUCGAUGCUUCCGGAGUCCUCUGGGCCUAUCAUAAAUUCGAAUGACGAGGAGGAGUUGAGCCCAGGAGGGGCGGCAACUGUUGCACCAGCUCCAAUUGUUGAUGGAAAUGCUCUCAAAUCACCUGAGAGGAUUAAUAUUGCACUUGCUGAGACUUCGGAGGCGAAAAAUACUGAUGCCGAUGACAACAGGAGUGUCUCACUGGAUCAGGACUCCAAUGAGGCGAUGGUUAUCGAUGACAGAGAAUCGGAUUCCAAUGAGUCGACGAAAGAAAUCAGUGACGAAGGAAAAUGUGGGAAUCCAGAGAAAAUCGAGGGGUCGGGAUUUAAAGAGGGAGUUGCAGCUGACAGGUUUGGUGAUGUGAGUGACGACCUUCUACCCUCUCAAGAGGAUAUUUCUCCUACUAAAGAGGAAGAGAGGGAGCUCGACGAGGCAUUAGAAAGCAUUGAAACUGAUUCCAAGGUCAAGGGGGAGAAAAUUAACUCGACUAUUGAUGAAAUUGACCCCAAGACUGAAACGUCAGGGGAGGCGCAGCCUGAGAUAGAGGAAUCAGAAGUAGUUGAUGAAUUUUGUUCAAUGAGCAAAGAACCUGAGGAGACGGCAGCGGAGAAUGAGGAAAUUCCAGAUAUUGAAAAAAAUUCUUCUAGAACUGAGAGGGAUGAUGUUGAAGCGAAAAAAACUGAGGAAAUUUCUCCAGAAAUUAAAGAUAAUCCACUAGUCCUUGAAGAGUAUUCACCAGAACGUGAAAAUAUCGAGCCUCAGGUUCAUAAACUCGAGGAUAUCUCUAAAAUCGAACAAAAUCCUGAAAUUGUUGAAGAAAUUUCGCAGGAGCUCUCAGAAAAGCCUCAGGACGAGUCUCCACAGAAUCCAGAGCCUGAAAUUUCAGAAGAAAAGCCUUCAGAGGCUGUUUCAUCCACUUCCGAAGAGGAUCCUGUCGAAGUACCCGAGGAAAUUCCCUUGGAAACAGUCUCGAAACCUCCAGAAAGGUCACCAGAAUCUCCAGAAAGUCCAACCACCCCCCAAGACCUAGCAAUUUCUGCUCCAGAAGAUGUUCCACUGGAGUCUCCGCUCGCGGCACCUGACACUCAAUUAAGAACAAAACCCUCAUUGCUCUCUCAAGCAUCGCUCGUUGCUAAUUACGGAAGUGAUGACUCUAAUCUAAUCGGAAGUGACGACGUCUUCGACGUGACUCCUCCAGAAUCUGAGGAGCCAGAAACGACUCCGGAAGUGACUCAAAACGUUCUGGAGGAAUUUCCGUCAGUCUCAGAAGUUCCACCUGUUCUUCCAGACAUUCAAUCCGUCCCCCAAGACCCAGAGGUCCUCCCCGAGGUGUCACAAUUCCCCUGUGAAAUUCAAGAAGCAGUUCCUGACGUUCCUGAUGUGGAAUCGCCUCCCAGAGUACCAGAAGAACCCCCUGAAGAGCUGAAAUCCAUCCAGUCGAGUUCAGAAACGCCUCCAGAGGUGGAAUUUACUCCAGAAGUUCCUCCAGAAGUUCCAGGACCUGUUGAAACAACACCGGAACUUGUGGAACCCGUUCCUGAGGUUCAGACACAUCCUGAAGAGCCGCAACAGCCAGAAAUAAUUGCAAAUCCUACACCUGUUGAUCUCUCGGCCAAUCUAGCCAGAGAAACGCCUGAAAAUCAGACGGAACGACCAGUUUUUUCUCCUGAAGAAAUUCCCUUGGAUGAAAAGCCCUUCGACUCGCCAGACAUGUUCGACUCAUCGAAACCCGAAACCCCAAUAGAGAUCGAUAAUCAAGACAUCGAGAAGAUCGCUGCAACCCUCAACCAGGACGACGACGACGACGAUGAGGAGCCCCCAGAGCUUCAGAUUGAGGAGAAAAUGUCGUCCUCAAGUCCUGAGGAUAUGGAAACCCCCCAGGAGGUGACAGAACCGACGAACGAACCUCCCCCUUCACUCCCAGAGGAAGAACCAGCAGUAAAUCCACCGGAAAAUCCACCAGUUCUCCAGGAAAUGGAGCCUGAAGUCUCCUCAAAACUCCAGGACCCGGAGGAAAAAUCUCCAGAGGCAUCCACCCCUCCUGAACUCGAAGCCGAGAAGUCGGAAUCAUCCCCAGCUCCUGAAUUAUCACCAGAAAUCCCUGAAAAAUCUGAAAUUCCACGAGAAUCCGAAGUAAAAAUUCAAGAAAAAAUUGAUGAGUCCCCAGUGCUUCAGGAGCAGAUCUUUGAGUCCCGUGUGAUAACGAUGAACGAUCACCAGAGGAAGGAGCUGGAGUCAGACGAGGAAACAUCUCCAAUUCGUCAGCUGUCAAAGCGUCCUCGAACCGAGACCGAACUAUCCACAAAAAAUGAGACCCUCCAGAAGCCCUUAGAGCUCCUCCAGGUGGAACACAACUCCCUCCAAGAGUUAAAACCAGAAAGAAAUAUCCUGGAGACCUUGAAGACAUCGCCAAAGCCGAUAUUCGAGGAACUGAAGCCCCAGAUAAUUCUGAAUGUUUCUCAAGAUAAGUCAGACGUGAAGAAGGAGGCGAGCAAGCGUCUACACCUGGAGCAAGACCCGGAGGACCUGCCCCCGAUAAAAUCCAGUAAAGAGGAUUUCAAGGACGUGAACGACGUCGAGAGGCCAUCGGACAUCAAGACCGAGAUCCCUAAUAAUUUAGAGCAGAAGCCAGAAGUUCUGGAGGAAUGCAAACCCCAGGAAAUAAACAACCCCUUGAAGAUGUCUGAUGACUCCGAGGACUCCAUGGGAAUCGAUAAUGAGUGUAUCUACGAGCCUCAAUUGAACAACGUUGAGCCCUUGGAGGAGUUGUCGAAAUCUGAGGUGGAGUCCUCGAAGGUGGGGGUAAUAAAAGUGAAGGAAGUCUCUGAACUGCAGUACGACAACUGGAAAUUGGAUUCUACUGAGCCCCAGGUCCUUCAGACCCCUCAGCCCCUGCAGAAGCCCUCGAGAAAACGGAGAAAUUCUGCUCAAGAAUCCAACCCCGAGGACGGACUCCCCGAAGAAACCGACGACGCAGGGGGCAAGAGGAUAAAACUCAGGGGAAAAAGAAGUCCAGAUAUUAAUCUCAGAAAAUCAGUGGAGGCCAGUCGAGGGGAUCUGUCAUCUGACGAUGAGUGUCAGCCACUGUCUGAGGUUCUGAAGGAAGUGAAUCGAAAGGCUGAGGAUGCUGAUGUCAAGCCCAAGGGUAAAAAAGGGAGAAAGCGAAAGGGUUUCAGGGGAAAGGCUCGACCACCGAAGAAAGAUCCCAGUGAAACACCUGGGGAAUCUCUAGACACACCGAAGAAAGAGGAAACAACUCCCAUCCAGAAGAAACGAAAGAAACGAAAAAUGGUGCUGGGACUGGAGAUUGGGAUUGACAUCGUGGAGGCUGACCCUCAGCAGAAUCCUGGGGAGGCACCAGUUCGACAAUCUCGUAGAAUUGCACAGAUCAAAAUCAAAGAGGAGGCAGAUCGCCGGAGAAUUGAAGAGGAAACCCUCGAGAACAUGAAAUCAAAAAAGGAUAAAGAGUCAGAUAAAAACAAGAAGAAACGAAAGAAGGACAAGGACUCUGAUGAGGAGGUGAGAAUUCGUGAGGUCGACAGGUUCCUGAAGGAUAAGGACAAGGACAAGGAUAAAUCGAAGAAGAAAAGAAAGAAACGAAAGAAAAAAGAAGCGAUGAUGAGGUUCAAUGAGGCGAAACCCUGGCAGAGCUCAUCAGGUUCUUCCUCAGAUACUGAGGAUCAUGAAGAGGAGGAGGAGGAGGAGGAGGAGACAGAGUCCGAGGAUUCCCUUCUCUUUAAGAGUGACCACGAAUUUUCUCCAGAGAGUGAUCUGGAGAAAGACGCUGAGUCAGAGCCCCUGAGACGCGCCAGAACAGCUCAGAAAUCAGAGGAAGGCCCUGAGGAAGCCGAUGAGUACGCCUGUCAAAAAUGUGGAAAGGCAGAUCAUCCUGAGUGGAUUUUAUUGUGCGACACCUGCGACAAGGGCUGGCACUGCAGCUGUCUACGUCCAGCGCUGAUGCUCAUCCCCGAGGGUGACUGGUUUUGUCCACCCUGUCAGCACACCCUUCUCAUAAAUAAAUUGAGGGAGAGCCUCAAGACUUACGACCAGAGCGUUAAGAAGCACGAGAACGAGGUCCUCAGGAAAAAGAGGCUGGCAUACGUGGGGAUCAGUCUUGAUAAUGUACUACCGACGAAUGAAGUCAUUAGAAGAGCAAUGAUGAAAGAGCUUGCACGGAGUGACUCUGAGGUCAGCAGAGAGGACUCUGGCUCUGACGUUAGAUCAGACUCUGGCUCCUCAUCAUCCUCAUCCUCAGCGAGUGGCACUUCCACGUCUGAGAGCAGCAGCGAGGAAAGCGAGCCGGUUUAUCAGUUGAGAGAGAGAAGGUGUGCCAAUACCUCUUACAAAUUUAAUGAGUACGACGAUAUGAUCAAUGCAGCAAUUCAGGACGAGGUUGAGGCAGUCCAGGGUGCAGGUAAUCAGGGCAGAGGUAAGGACAUCUCGACGAUUGUGAAUGCUGAGAAGGAGGAGGCACCUGAUACCUUCCAGAAGCCAGAGGAACCCGAGGAGGAGAAGUCCGAGAGAGACAGCGAUAAGGAAUUCGAAAAAGACGAUGACGAUGACGACGAGGAGGAGAAGAAGAAAAUAGUGCUGAGGAAAUCUCUGGGUAAGAAAAAACAUAGAAAGCUCAACAGUCUUGACAUCAGCAGUGAGGAUGAUCCUGAGUCGGAUGAGGACUUCAAGGGGACGUCCAGUGAUUACGAAGAGGAUUAUGAGGACCAGAUGAUCUCCUCGGAUGACAGCUACACUGACACCAGGAGAAAAGGUAAACGUGACACUAGACCUGUGAGGAGAUCUACCAGAGCGGCCAGGAGGCAGAGGUAUGACGAAGAUUUUAUUAAUGACGAUAGUGAUGAUUCGGAUAAACCCAAGAGGAAGAAAUCAAGAUCGAUUUGGGAUGAGGAAAGUGAAAGCGAGGAGAGUGACAACUCCUGGAGGUCUAGAAAGAAAAGGGGAAAGACGAGUUCUUUGCCGAGAACUCGAGCUAUUCCCAAGCCAAAGGGAAAGAAGAAGAAGAAGAGGAGAAGAAUUGUGCAAAUGGAUUCUGAUAAUGGAAGUGAUAACGAGGAAUCGCCAAAGGAGGAGGGAGAGAUGGAGGAACCAGUUGUGGCUGCGCCUGUGGCUGUGGCUGAGCGUCCACCAGAGCUGGAGGUGCCUGUGGAGAAGGAGGAAAUACCGGUAGAGGCAGAGGUUGCAGGUGCUCCCGAGGAGACACCACCGAUCCUCCAGGAGCAGAAGGAAAUCCCCUUGGAGGAUGACUCCGAGAGGACAACUCCUGGAGUACCUGAGGAUGAGCCCCAGCCACUAGAGAGGAAUUUACCACAGGAGCAGCCACCGGAGCUCGUACUGGAGGCCCCGGAGCUUGAGAAAAAGAGGGAGAAGAAGAAGAAGGAGAAGACCAUCAGGAGGAAAAUUAUUUAUGGAGGAUUACCUGAGGACAGACCACAGGAAGAGGACGAGCCCCUGGGGAGGAGAACGAGGGGGAGAAAGAUAAAUUAUCAAGUCGAUACGAUAAUGUCUGACAGCGAGGAGGAACUCAAGAAAGCCCUGAGGAAGACUGAGGACAGUGAGGACGAGUUCCUGAUGAAUGAUGGAGAGGAGCACAAGGACGAUAACGAUAAGGAUUCGGAUUCUGCUGAUGAGUAUUCACCCCAGAAGGGAACAGGAGGCAAACACAAAUCACCGAAGAACAGGAGAGGAAAGAAGAGUCCAGGGAGAAAAGUGGAUAAUGGAGAGCCGAAGCAGAGGAAAAAGCCAGGGCCAAAGCCUGGAAGUAAAAAUAAACCACGUCUAUCGAAAUCACCUGGGGGUGGUAUUCCCUUGGAGGGAUCUCUCGGGGAAGUGGAGGGAUCACUGGCGAGUUUAGCCCCGGAGGAGCUCGGGGAUCUUAAUGAUGAGCAAUUAGCCCAGAUGAUGAUGGAGGACGAGGAGUACGGGCGUAGGCAGCUGGAGCUCGCGGCUAUUGAAAUAGCGAAGAACAAGAAAAAAGAGGAAAGAGAGGCGAAAAAAUUGGAGAAGGCGAGGCAGAAGGCACUGGAGAUUUUAGCUGCUGAGCAGCAGAGAGAUCCUAAUGCUCCGGAGGGGGCGGAUGGUGAGGCACCGAAGAAGAAGAAACGAGGAAGACGGAGUAAAGCGGAAAUUCUGGCUGAGCAGAUUAGACGGGGUGCAGAUCCAGCUCUAGCUGUUCUGCCAGUACCUUCGGUAGUUGGUGGAGUUGUAGGAGGUGUAGGAGUUGUAGGAGUUGGAGUACCUCUUGGAGGAACUGGGGGAUCAAUUCCAGGAGGAUCAGCACCUCCUCCUGUCCCUCCACCCGCUGUCAGCCCGAUGAAUCUUCCACAGAUGAUUCCUGAGAUGGAGCGGCACCAGGAGCACUUGCUCCCUCAUUUGAUAACUGGUCCUGAUGGGCAGCUGUUAAAUCCAGACGGCUCCCCAAUGAAACCGAAACGCAGAGGCAGGGGAAAGGGGAAGAAGACUCUCGCUAUGGAGGCAGCACGCGCUGAAGCAGCUGCAAAAGCAGCUGGAAUUGAUACUGAUCUACGACCUGACGAUCUGCCGAAUCCCCUUCCAACUCCUGGAUCAUCGACAUCGGGUUCUGCGCCAUCAACACCACCACUGAUACCACCAACACCAGUUACUCAGUCCCAGAUUUAUCCACAAUUGCCUAGUCAACAGUCUUCCGUGAUAACGAGAAUGCUCCAGGCACAGCCAAUAGCCUCAAGUGCUCCACAAUCAUUCACAGCCGCAGCUGCUGCAAUGGGACAGAAAUAUUUUGGAGUUGCAAAUCCCAUGAUGGGACCCAGGGGGGGUUACGAUCUCCCAUCGAGAGGGAGAAUUCCCUCACCCUAUAAUUCGAGACCCGGGGGACCAGGACUGCCAGUUCAUUUUGCCGUUCGAUCUGGAGCACCGCCGAUGAGGAUGAGAGUACCAGGGCCAUCUCAGCUUUAUCAUACACCACAUCAUCCCAUGGAUCCAUCACCCUCUGGUGGUGGACCAAUUUCUAUAACCAGCAGAGACAGGAGCUCACCUCUGGCAUCAGGACCUGCCAUGAUUCCACCAGCUGCUGGCAGUCCUCUUGCCAAAGGAGGACCCACACCACCACCUCCACCAUAUGUCAGAGGUGGACCACUGAGAUUUGGCGAUCCACAAAUUGCUAGGCAUCCAAUUCCACCUUUUACAACAGCAUCCGGUAAUCACUCGAUACAGCAGCCAUCACCACCACCUAAUAGACCUGGAAAUUUUUCACCUUAUCAUCCACAACCACCACCAAAUUAUCAUUAUGGAGCUUAUCCACCACCACCGAUGUCCAGUGAUGAUGCUGCUUAUCAGGGAUCACCUUAUCCCAGUGAACAUUUUUCUGGCCAGUCUGAGAAUCCACCUGCACCACCUGUUGUACCACCACCACCUGCUGCUGGACAGAGCAGUCAGGCAAGUCAUCCAACGAGUCAUUCAACGAGUCAUCCACCUGGUGAGGGACCAGCACAUGGGCCACAUGGACCACAUGGAAAGUACGAUGAGGAGGGGAGUGGGGAGUUUGGGGGCCUAGUUUCUUACUUCAGCAGUCAACGAGAGGAUGAUCUUGAUUCGUAGCAUGAGUGAAUUCUUGGCCAACGUUGAGGAUUAAGGAACUCUUGAUAGCGAGGGGUUUUCUGGUGGAGGAGGAGAUGGUGAGACGAAAAUCUCGGGGUAAAUUAAGGGUUGAAGGUUCUUUGGAGUCACUUUGAAAGGGGUAGAAUGAUCUUUUUUUCUUUUUACUGUUUUAAUACAUUUUUCAUCUGGAAUCCAUCGAUUUUUCGUUGAUUCCAGAGGUAAAAUUUUGAGUCGCCCUUCAUCCCCUCCACCUGAUCACGAUAUUUUCAUGUGAUUUUUGGUAAGUGCCAUUUUUCAAUUAUCUGCUAUCGUUGAGAGUUGGGUUGGCCAAGUACCUGUUUCCACCGAAAUUUAUUCAUAACGAGAGAUAAAAUAUUUCAAAUAAUCUGUCGAUUAUAAUUGCGACUUGACUAUGGGCAAAGCAAUAAAACAGACCGAGAUAUUAAAUGAAUUAUGACGUGAAUAAUGUGGGUAGGAGAUGCCGAGUAAAAUGAUUUUUGAACGAUCGAUUAUUUCCUGAACGAUUGAUAAGAAAUCGGUCAUGCGUAUAAUCUGUAUAUAUGUACAUACGAGUGAUUCCUUUAGAUUCUAUAUUACAUGUAUUAUAUAAACAGUCAUAAACAAAAACGGGGGAUUAUGAGACGAACCACAAGUUAGUGCAAAAGGGCACAAAUGUAAUAUUUAAACUAACGAAAUUACAAACAAAAAAAAAAUAAUGAAAUAACGGCAUCUGAUUAUCGAUGAUUAACAAAAAAUGGUGUGAAGACUACUACUAUAACUAUUUAUAAAGAAAAAAAACAACAAAAGAUUAAGAAUUUAUAUUAGGAGUAUAUUGUAUUUUACAGAAUUUUACUUGGAUAAUUAUUCUACAUGAAACAUGGAUAAAAAAUAUAUAGUAUGAAAAUUCUGGGGGGAAGCUGAUGACUGAAAUCAUAAAUUGAAAGUGCAAAACAUUCAUGGCGGUGACAGAGAUAUUUAAAGAGUAGACGAUAAUGUAACGAAUGAUUGGUUAUUAUUAAAUUAAUAAUGAUCUCGUAACUAGAGUUUAAAAAUGACUGAAAGUUUUGCCCCUUCGAUACUAAAUGAAAUAAAUGAUCGAUGAACACAUUGAUUUCCCCUCGGACAAAUGGAAAGCCGAUAAAUGGUUCUGCCCAGCAAAAUCAUAUAUCUGUUUUAGUUAUAAAGAACGUACAUGCAUAUACCUAAUAUAAAUAGAAAUUAUCGAUGAAAAAAAAAAAAGAUAUUACAUUAUCUUAGAUUUAGCAGCUUGGGAUAGUUUUCUAUGAAUAUUUUCUUCCUUUAUUUUUCUUUUUGUUCUUGCAGAGAAAUUAUUCACUAUUCGAUUUUUCAAGUGAACACAAAUUAUCGAGAAAUAGAGAUAUAUAUAUUCGACUGUAAUCAUGAUUUAAUGGGAUAAUUUUAUGAUUUUUAUCCACGAUAGGAUGUCUUUAUCGUUGUAGACGAAAUCAGUGUACAAUCUGUAUUUUUCUUCCUUGAAUUCAUUAUCUGGCUCUUCUGAAUGUGCGCUCCAGGGAUGAUUGUCUUGAUUAUUUUCAGAAAAAUUAUUCUUCCAGGGGAGUUUAUUUGUUUAAAGAAUGGGCAAUGGAUCUUUUAUACCGAAUGACGAACGCAAUUGCCUUUUGAGACACUGGGGCGCAGAUUUAUCGGGUUUAUGUGGUUGAAAAAUAUGGGGCUAUAUGGUGCAGUUGAAGCUUUUUCAUUUCAAUAAUGGGUCUAGACCAAACGCUAUUAUAUUACAUGUUGUAGCCUAAUUACAGACGUUUUGUAAUAAAAAAAACAUUCAGUAUAUAUUAA